AUGGCUUCCAUCCCCGUCGUCGUCAAGCAUCAGGGCAAGAAGUACGAAGUCGAUCUCGACCCCGAAGCAACCGGCGAGACCUUCAAGUACCAGCUCUACUCCCUCACCAACGUCGAGCCCGAACGCCAGAAGAUCCUCAUCAAGGGAGGCCAGCUCAAGGAUGACACUGCUCUUUCAUCCCUCAAGGCCAAGCCUGGUCAGCAGUUUAUGAUGAUGGGCACUCCCUCUGGCGAUGCCGCUUCCCAGGUCGACCGCCCCACCGAGAAGAUCCGUUUCCUCGAGGAUAUGACUGAAGCCGAGGCCGCUCAAGUAUCUGGUGCUACCCCCGCCGGUCUCCAGAACCUUGGAAACACCUGCUACCUCAACUCCGCCCUUCAGACCCUCAAGAGCAUACCCGAGCUCGGAGACGCCCUCGACACCUACAAGGACAGGUAUGCCCACUCUUACACUGAAGACCCUUUACCUUCAACUGACACGUUCACNAGCGGCAGCGCUGGUCCUUCGUCCAGCCUCGGCAACCUCAGCGAGUUUGGUCUCGGUGGCCUUGGCUCGUCCACCGACCUCACUGGUUCCCUCCGCGACUUGUACAAGCAGAUGGGCGAGACUCAGCAAGGCUUUCCUCCUCUCGUCUUCCUCAACGCUCUCCGCCAGAGCUACCCUCAGUUCAACCAAAAGGCAAAGGAUGGCCACGGCUACGCACAGCAAGACGCCGAAGAAGCCUGGUCUUCCAUCAUCCAAAUGCUUCGCCAGAAGCUUCAGCAGGAACAGUCCUCAUCAUCAGCCUCGGCUAACGUCCGUGGCAACAACUGGGUUGACAAGUUCAUGGCCGGCACCACCCAAUCAGUCAUGACCUGUGACGAGUCGGAAGCCACCGAAGAGCCUGUCAAGGGUAGCGACGUCUUCUUCAAGCUCGACUGCAACAUCCGCGGCGACACCAACCACCUCCGCGAAGGCGUUAUGAUCGCCCUUAACGAGAAGAUUGAGAAGCGUUCAGAGUCACUCGGUCGCGAGGCUGUAUAUACCAAAUCUUCCCGCAUCUCUCGCCUUCCCAAGUACAUGCCUGUACACUUUGUUCGCUUCUUCUGGCGCAAGGAUACCCAGAAAAAGGCGAAGAUUAUGCGCAAGGUCACCUUUCCCAUGGAGCUCGACGCUGUUGAGUUCUGUACUGAGGAGCUCAAGAAGCAACUCAUCCCCAUCCGCGACCGCAUUCGCGAGGUCCGCAAAGAGCAGGAGGAUGUUGAACGUGCCAAGAAGAGACAAAAGAGAAUGCAAAAGGAACGCGAUGACCUGGCUGGCAAUGCCUCUGAGCCUCUGGAGAAGCGCAAGGAAAAGGAGACCAAGGCAACUGGCCCCGACACCGACGCCCCGCUUGCUAAGCAAAAGGCUGUUGGUAUGAGCGCAUCCGGCGGUGAUACCGAAAUGGGCGGCACCGAGACCUACAAGACCGAUGCCGAGAUUGAGAGAGAGCGCGCCGAGAAGAUUCUUGCCAUGAGAAAGGACCUCCUCGCCCAAGUCUCGCCUGAACUUGCCGCUGAUGAAGCCGCUAACCAGACUGGUCUCUUUGAACUUCGCGGUGUCAUUACUCACCAGGGUUCCAGCGCCGACAGCGGUCACUACACAUCAUACAUCAAGAAGACCGGUCGCAAGAACGCCGACGGUACUGUUGGCGAGGAGGAUGGCAAGUGGUGGUGGUUCAACGACGACAAGGUCAGCGAAGUCGAGGCCGAAAAGGUCGAGACUCUUUCUGGAGGUGGUGAGAGCCAUUCUGCCUUGAUCUUGUUGUACAAGGCUGUUGAGCUGCCCUCGAAGCAGUCGAUCGAGGAGCAGGAGAAGGCUUUGGCAUAA